CUAUAAUCUAACGACACUGAGGUAUUCUUUUAAAAUAAACAAGUUGUCACUUAAAUACUUUUUAUUUGAAAAAUUUUGUAACUAGCUAUAGAAAUUUCCCCCCUUAAAGUUGUUAAAGUUUAGUUAUGAAUAAUCAUUGCUAUCGCUCGUUUGAACAAAAAAAUCACACCAAAGCCGAAAGUACUGGUUGGCGUCAAACGUUCUAUUAUCCAGGCGGGGGAACAUAUCAUGGCUAUUGGUUAAAUUCACAACAUCAUCGUUUUGGUGUCAAAGAGUCUAAAAAACAUUUGAUAUAUGAUGGUCAAUGGUCUCGGGGCAAACGUCAUGGUUAUGGUAUGAUGAGACGUCGCUUGGAAGAUGGUACAAUGGAACGCAUAUACAUGGGAGAAUGGUAUGAUGAUAUGAAAUCGGGCGAAGGUAAACAAUUCUAUGAAGAUGGUGUCUACUAUGGGUGGUGGAAGAAUAAUCGACGUCAUGGUUUGGGCAUAAAAUGGUUUAAAAAUGGCAAUAUUUUUAUGGGUGAAUGGCAAGCUGAUGCAUAUCAUGGUCUAGGUGUUAUGUUUUAUGCAAAUGGUAAUCGUUAUGAAGGUAAUUUUGCUAGAGGCUUGAAAUCGGGCGAAGGAACUUUUUAUCAUAAUCGAACGGGUCAGAUACAGAAGGGAAUGUGGGAAAGUGAUAUAUGCAAAGUUUCGUUGAUGCAAGAUGAAUAUCGCAAUCAGGCGGAACAACCUACAGCAAAUCCAAUACCAAAGCUUCAGAUAGCGAAUCCGUCCGAUUUUAUACGAGAUUUAUUUGUAAAAUAUAAAAAUCAAACUAAUAAACCUUCAAAAUCACUGCAGGAACUAAUUUGCUUAAAUUUUAAUCGCAAAAUGAAUAGUUAUGCGAAACUGCAACCAAAAUAUGCAACAACUUCAAAAAUACCUGCUUUUGAUGUACAUUUUGCUUCUACUUGUAAAAAAGAAUGUGAAAUAACUUCAACAGAAAUUUAAAAUUUGUAAUAAAUAUUUUUAUUUUUGAACUAUUAAGGGCGGGCUAC